GUUGUUUUUUUUUCCCCGUCCGCUGAUUUCCUUUUCUCCGCUCCACUCCUCGGCCUUUCUUCCCUCGUGGCGACGAACAGGGCGAAGCGGCGGCCGCCCUUGGCAGGUCUUCGUCGGGCGCUUCGCCGGCGACGAGCAUCCGACAGGGCGGCAGGUCAAGCAUAUAUUUUUGCCAAUGGCAAGGGAACCUAGUCCUGAAAUAGAUGAUGAACUUUUCAAUGAAGUUUAUGGGAAAGCAUAUAAUGGUCCAGUUGCACCAGCUACAAAUAGUGUGAUGCCUAAAGUAAAUGAUGAGAAGAGGCCCCUGUCUCGUGAUAAGUCAGAUGACGAAGAGGAGGCCCCAGAUCCUAAUGCUGUUCCUACGGACUUCACUAGCAGAGAGGCUAAGGUCUGGGAGGCUAAAGCUAAGGCUACAGAAAGGAACUGGAAGAAGAGGAAGGAGGAAGAAAUGAUCUGUAAAAUAUGUGGAGACUCGGGCCAUUUUACUCAGGGUUGUCCAUCCACACUUGGGGCAAAUAGGAGAAAUGCUGACUUUUUUGAAAGAGUUCCAGCAAGAGAUAAGCAAGUCAGGAAUCUUUUCACUGAGAGUAUGAUAAGCCAGAUUGAGAAGGAUGUGGGGUGUAAAAUCAGAAUGGACGAGAAGUUCCUGUUUGUCAGUGGGAAGGAUAGGUUAAUAUUAGCCAAAGGUGUAGAUGCUGUGCAUAAAAUUAUUCAAGAGAGUAAAGGUAAAUAUAGUCAAAGCAGUCCAAAACGGGAUCGCUCUAGGUCACCUGUACGGAACACCACUGAGUUUCGUCCCAGACACUCUGAUUCUCAUCAGUCCCAUAGCCCAAGAAUUUCUGAUUCUCGACGGUCCUGUAGCCCAAGAAUUUCUGAUUCUCGACGGUCCCGUAGCCCAAGAAAUGCAUCACGCUCUCAAAGUAAAGGAUACUAUAAUGAAAGGCAUCUAGAUGGCCGAUUGCAUGACAGUAUGCCCAAGUUUUCAAAAGGAUCUCCACAAGCUCGAGCUUAUGCCAACUUUGGAGCAAAAGGCCGUCCAGCCCAAUCAAAAUUUCCACGCCAUUCCUCUUAUCUUGAUGUUUCCCCUAGAACACAUGGUGAGAAUAACCAAUUUGCGGCAUCAAACAUGGCCAAUAACUGGGGCAUUGAGAGGCAUGAAGCAGAUGUCCGUUCAAGCCUUAAGUUUGAUGUGCCAUCCCAUCAACAAACCUUGGAAGAGCUUGAAAUGGAGUUUAAGAGGGAAGCUACAGAAUUAGCUAGAGCCCGUAAUCAAGAGGAGGAUGAAGAGAACUACAAGCAUCGAGAGUCGCUGAGAGUGAUGCGAGAAAAUUACAUGGACAGAGUGACUACCAUGAGGAAUAUGCAUGCAAGGACGUGGGAAGAAUUUUUUGAACAAACCUUUAAAAGGCAACAGCAAGCACAGACUUCUUACUCCCAAAUAGGUUAUCCAGGUUUCGAGCAGAGAACUACACAUAUUUCAGCUGCACUUCAACCAAUGGAUUCAAAGAGCACAUAUCCAUAUGCUUCUGAUAACUAUUCAGCCCCGAAGGCUCAUGCAGCAUAUGGCAAGUUUCAGCACGAAAGACAUGGUGAUCUUGGGAGGACCUAUGGGCGAUAUUAGAUGUUGACUAGUGGUGAGUGGACACUCAUUUUAGAUUUUGACGUUAAGAUCUGCAGUUCAAAUGUAUUAAGAGGUAACAUUUUUGUGGUUUGCCGAACUGACACAACGGUAAGCUAAUGUUCCACUAGUUAGGUUUGUGACUGACAAUAGAUGCAGACUUGGUAGCCUCCAUCUUACGACAAAAUGUUCCCAUCUAUUUCUGAGUCCUAAAAGCGGUUCCCGCAUUUUCAGGGCGAUUGUGUGAGGAAUCAGUGUCAAUGGUGUGCUACUUAGACCCUCUUAGCACCUAUUUGCUGUUAUGUAGUUUGAGGAGGUAAGGACUCAUAUUUUUGCAGAACUGUGUCUUCCAGUUGCUUCCUUUUGCAGCUGAGGUAGUAGCAUCACAAUGGGCUGUUGAAAUUGUCCGUGGAAUCCAGAUUAUUUUAUUGUAAAAAGCUGCUUUUCAAUGAAUUUUCUGAUUGCUGUAAAAAAUAUUAACUCCGUAUCGGUCAUUCCUGCUUUUCAUCUGCUGCACAGAAAUUUCCCAUAUUGAUUUGGGUUUGUGCGAGCCUAUUAUCUUGCUA